GUGUUUUACUUUGCCUUUUCUCGCACUUUCUGACUUUCCUCCUCUACGUAUGACCGAUUGUCUUUCAGCGGCUGCUUCUGUAUUUUACAUCUGUGAUUAGUGGCCUAAUUAUCUGCCACUUUUCUUUCCUGUGUUGCUGUGAGGUCCAAUUUGUUGUAGCUCAGUUAUAACAGAUACUUUUGUUGGAGUUUAAAGUCGGUCUUUUCGACACGGUGACGUCUCACAGGCAGCAGCCGACAUCCGCCCGUUAAAGAUUGGGGUGGCUGACAAGAAGACCAUCCAAAUUCAUUGAUAAACAUUGGGACCGGCAGAUUGAUGGUCAAUGAGAGGACCGAAGAGAAAUACCCUGAGCUGACCAUGCUGCUACUGAGAGCAAGAGGAAGGAAGUGAGAUGAGCCAAGAUGGCCUAAAGAACCAAGAGGUUGCGUAAGUCAUCCGCUGGAGAGGUGCGGGCUGCAUGCGAGACCUUUGAGACAACAUCGAUCAGUUCAGUUCACUGAGAGCAACUCUACUUGUUUCAUCAGUGAAUGUCUGAGCAUAGCCUGUGAUGAAAACUGCCAGCAGUGUACGAAAGCACAGCCCACACUUGAGGACCUUACAUCCUGCUAACCUGACAGAAAAACCUUGACUUUUUCUUUGAGGAACCCAAGACAACCUGAGAGGCUUGUUAAUCAACGGCAACCAUGAACGGCCUGACUGAACUGUCCGUGAAGUGUGUUCUGGUCGGGGACUGCGCGGUUGGCAAGACGGCUCUACUGGUCCGCUUCACCUCCGAGACGUUCCCAGAUUCGUACAAGCCCACCGUGUUUGAAAACACUGGUGUUGAGGUGUACAUGGACGGGGUCCAGAUCAGCCUCGGACUGUGGGACACGGCGGGCAAUGACAACUUCAAGCAGAUCCGGCCGAGAUCGUACCAGCAGGCCGAUGUCGUCCUUAUGUGCUACUCAGUGGCCAACCCCAACUCCCUGGCCAGCAUCCAGCGCAAGUGGAUUGCCGAGGUCCGAGAGAACCUGCCCAGGGUGCCAGUGCUGGUGGUGGCCACUCAGACGGACCUGAGGGAGGUGGGAGUUCAUCGGGGCAGCUGCAUCUCACCGGCGGAGGGGAAACGUGUGGCCCAAGAGGUGCACGCUAAGGGCUACCUGGAGUGCUCUUCCUUGAGUAACCGCGGCGUACAGCAGGUGUUUGAGUACGCUGUGAGGACAAUUUUUAACAAGCACAAGAAACGGGAAAGGAGACGCUUGUUCAGCAUGAACCAGUGCAAAGUGUUUUGACCGUUGACUUUGAUCUUGUUGCCGUGUUUUUUUUCCUCCAGAUAUGCUGUUCAAACUCAGUCAGCCAUGAUGAGAUGUAAGGACCCAAACAUGACUUCCUGACAUACUAGGCUGUACUUCACUAAUAACCCCCCCAAAAAUCAAACAUAUUUAAACUGAGAACACUGAAAAAAUUUUUACGUCACUGACCGAGAAACCAGCAUGUGGGGUGGACACUUUUCUUCAGGGAUCAAGUCACAAAUGUUUGUUCUUGUAGUAUAUCAAACAGAACAUUGUUUUUGUAUUUAAAGAGAAAAGGUUGUUUUUGUCUCAGUCUAGGAUUUACUUUAGUAGGUGAACUUUUUUUUAAUUGAAAUUUUAAAGAAAUAUGCUUCUCUACUACCACAAAUACAUUAAAGCAGCAUUUUUUGGAUAUGGUUUCAUGAAGCCAGAACAAUGUCAUUCCAGAUAUUUCUAAAUCAGGUUUAAUGAAAGUCUAGGUCCCUUACCAUUACUAUGUGAUUGCGUGUGUCAGAAAUCAUUUAAAUUAUGCUGGAAAUAGAUUUUAGCUAAGAAAGCAAAAUGAACCUUUUGUGGAGUACAUUUUAUAAUUUUGUCAGGUGGCCUACAAAUAAAAUGUUUUCAUAAAUACAUCUUAAAGCCCAAAAAUAUUCAUAUUUUUGGCAGACUAGGGUUUAAAGUAAUGUUUUGUUUUUUCGAACAUGUUACGUCUUAAUCGAAGCAAUUAUAUCGUUUUGGAGUGGCCUAGUCAGAGUUCUGACUUGUCCUCAGAAUCUGAGGGGGAGCUAAAGAUUAGGGUGAUGGCAAAGAGGCCCACCGGCCUCAGAGAUCAGGAGCUUAAAACUAGAGAUAAUUCAACAAAAUACCAGAGGAGACUUAAAAGUAAUAUAUAUAAUUUACAGCACACCAUUUUUAAAUAAAAUAUUGAAACAGGUGAACAAUUUUUUGUAUUGAUACUCCUUUUCCAUGGUUUUGUUAUCUUUUGUGAAAUGCCCGUCUCAUUUACGAUCAUUGACAAACGUCUCGGUUAAAAGAAAAAUAAUUUUAAAUCUAAACAUGCCAGAGGUGCUAAUAUUUUUGAGCUGUAAAUAAAAAAUAUUAUGUUUUUUAAAAUAAUUUUACAUAAGUUCUGAACCAGCUAAAGAAUAAAGGGAAAAAAGUGUUUCUUUUUAGAAACAUUUAUCUAUUCAGUUAUUUAUGAAAAUGACAUGAAAAACCACAAGCAUAAGAUUUGUGAUAUAUUUAAUUUUCUUUCUAAUGUUCAAAUUUCUUCAUGUCUUCAUGAAACAAGUGACAAGCUAAAACUUGUCACUAAAGUUUGAGUAAAUGCCUGAAUUGUUCCUGCUCUACAUUGCAAUAAUUCCAAUGUACAAGAAUGAAAAGAAAAUAAUUUGUGGGUUUUCUGUGAAGUCUUUGUGUCUUACUUGGUUUUGUUGGAUGUUCCUGGAUUGAACUUCAACAUGUAGGAACCAAACACUGUAAGAUGUUAAAUUUAAAUCCUUAUUGUAAACACUUGGUUCAGUAUUUUCUUGCACCAACAUUUUUUAUGAUAUGAAUUUAUUUGUGGUGCAAGUCUUUAACAAAAGAAUAUAACAUGCAUUGUGGGAUUUUAAGCUGUUUUAUCAUCUUUAAAUAAAACUUGUGUUGUUCUGAA